GUAGAGCCACACAGACUCUGGUAAAGAUGGCGACGGUGAGGCACAGAGGAGUGAAAACUGGACACUGUACCGUUAUUAAACGCCACUGGACCAGACACCGUAAAAACUGACAGGGCAGCGGGAGCGAAAGAUAAUCGACCUAUUAGUCAGCAGCAGCUUCCUGUUUGGUCCUGCGUGACGUCGCUGCGGUCCUGUCCGCUUUUGUUUUCGGUUAGACUUUCGAUGCCUUGGAUAGCUCGUUAGCUUCAAGUUGGAAAGCGAAUGCUAGCCCGGGCUAGCUGUGUAGCUCCAUCGGCUGCUGGGAGCUCUGUGUACGGCAUUCAUGGAUUGAUAGCCCGAGCAGUGUGAACACACAGCAUGUAUGUACCUAUGUAAAGUUUUAAUUCGUACGGGAACAGCGCCCAUGGCUCGCUUGGAUUAAAAACACUCGAGGAGGAAUAAGGGGCACCGACAUUGCGACACUGUUUGGAGUGUCCAGGCGGAGUGAGUUUGCCGUCAUGUAUUUUCUAACCGGCUGGCCCCGGAGGCUGCUUUGUCCGCUGAGGAGUGAAGAGGAGCCCUUCCACAUCCAGCCCAGCUCCCAGAGGUUUUACUUCGCCGUGCUGUCAGAGACUCAGCUCAGCAUCUGGUUCAGUCGGCCCAGUGUUUUGAUAGUCAGCUAUAUCGAGUCUGCAAAGGCGGCUGCCCAGUUUGGCUUCUACCAGAAGGCAGAAUGGAAACCAGACGACUCCAUGAUAGCUGUGGCAACUGCCAAGGGCUACAUCCUCUUGUUUGAUGUGCUGGGUGGAGGGGAUGACAAGUACCUCUAUGAGCCUGUCUAUCCAAAAGGAAGUCCUCGUGUGAAGGUGACCCCGGGUUACAAGGAGGAGCAAUGUGCCCCCGCUCUGUCUUUAGAGAUGAAGAAGCCUGUGGAUCUGGAGGCCCCCAUCACCAGUCUGCAGUCCCUCCAGGAGGACUUGUUGGUGUGCACCGCAGACGGCUACCUCCACGUGCUGCACUGGGACGGGCUGGGCAGCAACGGACGCAAGGCCAUCUGCCUCACUACAAUCCCCUUCUCGCUAGACCUGCAGUCUGCUCGAGGUGGUCCUUCUCUUGACCUGGAAGGAGUGCAUAUCCGUUGUAUGGAGUAUUGUGUGACCCUGGACGGCUUCGCUGUGGUACUGAGUGAUGGGCGCCUGGGCUUUAUCACACCACUGAGCAACACCAUCACAGCAGAUCAGCUGCAGGGCGUCUGGGCAGCAGAUGUGACCGAUGGCACCUGUGUGGCUGUCAACAACAAGUACAGACUGAUGGCCUUUGGCUGUGCCAGCGGCUCAGUGCUGGUGUACAUGAUAGACACCACGACAGGAUCCAUGCAGUUGUCCCACAAACUGGAGCUCACGCCAAAACACUACCCAGACACCUAUAACAAGACGGGCCCAGUCAAGCUGAUCUGCUGGUCACCUGACUACAGCGUUGCCAUGGUUACAUGGGAGUGUGGCGGCCUGUCGCUGUGGAGUGUCUUCGGAGCUCACCUCAUCUGCACUCUGGGAGAGGACUUUGCGUAUCGUUCUGAUGGUACCAAGAAAGACCCCAUUAAAAUCAGCUCUAUGAGCUGGGGAGCAGAGGGCUACCACCUUUGGGUGCUCCCUUACAAACAGGAUAGGAAGAGGCAGGAAGAGCAGCAGGAGGAGGAGGACAUGGACACACCCUCUCACCCCUCGCUGCAGGCCGGCAUACUGCAGUUCCACUUCAUCAAGAGUGCCCUCACAGUCAACCCCUGCACGAGUAACCAGGAACAGGUGUUGCUCCAUGGUGAAGACCGCCUCUACCUGACCUGCGGUGACCCCUCGCAGGUCCACAGCACCUCUGACACACACCCGCACGCACACUUACACCCACACGACGGCAGCCCGCUGCACCAUCCCCCCAACCCCGACUCCUCUCUCUCUCAGGGACUCAGCACUUUACUGGGACACAAGCACUGGCACGUGGUCCAGAUUCACAGCACAUACCUAGAGAGCAACUGGCCUAUUCGGUUUGCAGCCAUAGACACAGCAGGCCAGUGCAUGGCUGUAGCGGGGAGGCGGGGUUUUGCACACUACUCCUUAUUUACAAGGAAAUGGAAGCUGUUUGGAAACAUCACUCAGGAGCAGAACAUGACAGUGACAGGAGGUCUGGCUUGGUGGAAGGACUAUGUGGUGGUGGCCUGUUACAACUUUACAGACCAGCAAGAGCAGUUGCGGCUCUAUCAACGCUCAUCCAACCUGGACAACGCCUUUGCAUCUGUCACCAAGCUGCACUCAGACACUCUGUUGCUCAACGUGUUCAGAGACAUGGUCAUCCUGUUCAGAGCUGACUGCUCCAUCUGCCUCUAUAGCAUAGAGAGGAGGAGCGACAGUCCACACCCGACAGCCAGCGUUGAGUUGUUGCAGGAGGUGUCAAUGUCUCGCUACAUCCCUCACCCUGCCCUCGUGGUCUCCGUCACGCUCACCUCUGUGCGCACAGAAACAGGCAUCACAUUGAAAGCCCCGCAGCAGGCCUGCAUGGCAGAGAGCAUCAUGUUGAAUCUGGCUGGCCAGUUGAUCAUGCUGCAGAGGGACCGUUCAGGACCACAGGUACGAGAGAAGGAGACGCCUGCCAACAACAAAAAGCUGCUACCAUUUUGUCCUCCGGUGGUGCUGGCCCAGUGUGUGGAGAAUGUGUGGACCACCUGUCGCUCCAACAAGAAGAAGCGCCACCUGCUGGAGGCCCUGUGGUUGUCCUGCGGUGAGGCAGGCAUGAAAGUCUGGCUGCCGCUGUUUCCUCGAGACCAUCGCAAGCCCCACUCCUUCCUCUCCAGGCGCAUCAUGCUGCCCUUCCACAUCAACAUCUACCCUCUUGCCGUGCUGUUCGAGGAUGCCCUGGUGCUGGGGGCAACCAAUGAGACUGUGCUCUAUGACGGGCUGCAGGGAUCCUCCGAGCCACUCGAGGCGCUGUUUCCCUUCUGCACCGUAGAGAGGACUUCCCAGAUCUACCUCCAUCACAUCCUGAGGCAGCUGCUUGUUCGCAACCUGGGUGAACAGGCUUUGAUGCUGGCUCAGUCAUGUGCCUCCCUCCCCUACUUCCCCCACGUCAUGGAGCUGAUGGUGCACGUUGUGCUGGAAGAAGAGGCAACGUCGCGGGAGCCCAUCCCAGACCCUCUGCUGCCCACCGUGGCCAAGUUCAUCACUGAGUUCCCCCUCUUCCUCCAGACCAUCGUCCACUGUGCCAGGAAGACGGAGUAUGCCCUGUGGAACUACCUGUUUGCCGCUGUGGGAAACCCCAAAGAUCUAUUUGAGGAAUGUCUCAUGGCUCAAGACCUGGACACAGCAGCCUCCUAUCUGAUUAUACUGCAGAAUAUGGAGGUUCCUGCAGUGAGCAGACAACACGCCACUCUACUCUUCAACACGGCGCUUGAGCAGGGCAAGUGGGACCUCUGCCGGCACAUGAUCCGAUUCCUCAAAGCCAUUGGCUCUGGGGAAAUGGAGACUCCGCCCCCGACACCUACCACUCAGGAACCCAGCUCAACAGGCGGUUUUGAGUUCUUUAGAAAUCGAAGCAUCAGUUUGUCACAGUCAGCAGACGCCAUCACUACGGGCAAGUUCAACCUGCAGAAGACUUUCAGUAUGCCCUCCGGACCCUCUGCUAAAGGUCGGGAUGUGGAGUGCGCAGAGAACAUGUAUAUCGACAUGAUGCUCUGGCGCCAUGCCCGCCACCUCCUUGAGCAGGUACGCCUCCGCGACCUGGGUUGCUUCUCUGCACAGCUGGGCUUCGAACUCAUCGGCUGGUUGUGUCGCGAACGAAACCGCGUGGCCCGCGUUGAGGAUUUUGUGUCUGCAUUGAAGAAACUCCACAAGGAUUUUCUCUGGCCCUUCCCAGUUAUUCCUGUGGGAAGCAUCAGCUCACCUCUGAAGAACGGACGGUGUCGCACAGUGCUGAGCACACGGCUGUUAAAGUCGCAGUCAGCCGACAGCCUGUUGAACAGCGACAUGGACACAGCACCCCCUCAGGCAUCUCCCACCAACCACACCUGGCUGGACGGGCUCGGGCAGAGGCCCAAAGACAUGGACACGGCCUCGUCCGCUCACUCCACCCAGCACUCGCCACAGACGCAUGACGCGUUCCUGUCCCUGCUCACCAACAAAGUGGAAGAGUACAGCGUCGGCUCAGCCACAGACUUGACAGAGACCAGCUCAGUGGUGGAUGGAGAUUGGACGAUGGUUGAUGAAAACUCCUCCACUCUGAGCCUGAGCCAGGCUGAGCUGGAGCACAUCUCCAUGGAGCUGGCAAACAAAGGACCACACAAGUCGCAGGUGCAGCUCAGGUAUCUCCUUCAUGUGUUUAUGGAGGCGGGCUGUCUCGAGUGGUGCGUAGUGAUUGGUUUGAUCCUUCGGGACGCCGGCGUCAUAAAGCAGGUGAUCGGCUUCCUGGACAGCCCCGAAGUUCCCCAAGAAACUGUGCAGAGUGUUCGUAACGGCUUAUUAGCUGUCGACGCAUGGGUCUCCACUGACUGUCUGGGAUACAAACCAUUUCUCAACCUGAUCCAGCCGCAGCUCCAGCAGCUGAUGGAUUCAGCAGCUGAGCAGGUGCAGCCCGAGGCCUUCCAGCCCACCAGCCAGAGCUCCAAGCUCGGUGGCUCCGAGGGGCUGGGAGGUGCUGCGGUACCACGUGCAGAGGACAGUAGAGGAGUAGCGGCUCCGCUGGGCCUGGCCCUGCCCUCUCUGGAACCUGCAGGGGGUUUUCCCCGUCCCCCCUCUGAGGACUGUCCUCCCGAACAGACAGAGGAGCAGGGGGAUGAAGAGGGAGCCUACGACUGCACCUUGUCCUGAAGCCCGGAGCCUCCUCUGGACUCUGAACUGUGAACUCGAGGCAAAUAGAGGAGGAAGCAGCAGCAGCAGUGGCUGACUGGAAAUUUUUGAAGUGUGCGUAUGCCUGUGUGUGUGUGUGUGUGUGUGUGUGUGUGUGUGUGUGUGUGUGUGUGUGCGCGCAGAAAGUACCUCUCCUGCAGGUUCUUACUCCAGUCAGUAUUAUCCACUCUCCAGAAUCACCCUUUGUGUCCAUUAGAACCCCCAUG